AUGAAAUCUUCCAUCAAUCGUGGACCUCCAGCUGGACCUGCAGCCUGGAUCAAUAAGCGUCACCAACAUCAAGAUCAACUGCAAGGUAGGAUCGUUUCACCUUCUCCUGCUACUCAUCGACCCUUGUUAUUUGGGGAGGAGACUUUUCACGUAUCAGUUCUUCCUGAGUACAGGGAAGAAGUGGAAAGGUACAUUAUCGAGAAAGCAGGAGGUGUGAUAGUCGACCCUUCAUCAGCGACAUUUAUCAUAGUCACCACUUCACCUUCUUCGGCAGAGGAAUAUGCUAAGACUUUGCCCAGGUCACAAGCAGCGAAAGUGAUCUCGUUGGAUUGGCUGAGGGGUAGUAUAAACGAAGGAAGGAUUAUCAGUAGACACAGCUACUGGGCUAUACCGAGGGAUCUAGUUGAUAUUGGACGAGAAGACAGAAUGAGGGAUGAUAUCGCUCCAAACGAGCUCAACACUCUUCAAGACAGAUAUCAUCGCAGGGAGGCCGAAAACCAUCAGUACUUGAAGACCGAAUCCUAUUAUCAUAGAGAUUCGCCGGGGAGAAGUUCGAGUCCGAAUGUGUACGAUCGUGAAAAGUACGAGUCUAGGAACACUUCGACUUCCUCAUCAACGUCGUAUCAUUCGCAUGUCACCUCAAAGUCACCUAGAGGAAAUGUCAUAUUCAGCGGACUCUCGUUCUGGGUGGUGGGAUCGCCAACGGAGCGCAGGUACCUGAACAGAAUCAUUCACUCCCAUGGUGGCAUCUCAGCUCGUAAUCUGGACUCUGCCACGAGAACUAUAUUCUUCCCUCCUAAGGCUAGCUUCAUUUGGACAGCAGAAAAUGAUCAUCGACGUGCAACCCGUCUAAAGAUUCCAACAUUGAGCUACACCUGGAUUGAAGACUGCUCCAGUGAAGAACGACUCAUUCCCGAUCUACCAUAUAAGGUGUUGACAGAGGCUCUUCCGGACGACGUAUAUUGGAAACGAAUGGCAAACAGGACCUUUGAACAUCCUGUAAACAGUGUAAAUCGCUUUGAUAGGGAAAACGAAGUAAUCACUACAAAGAGCAGACAAGUUCAGGCUGAGUGUGAAAAAAAUGAACUGGAAGAUUCGCAGCCUAAAGAUCCUAGGAAGAGAUCGAAGCUUGACACGAAUCAACAGGCGGAUCUGCAGGAUGACACGAUACCCCAUGCCGAGAGCAGCUCUGCGGUGUCAUCAGCUGUACAGGAUCUCAGAGACAAAGUGGACAGAUUACUACAGACAGCCAAGCAUGCCUUGCUUCUCUCGGACGAUGCAGACAAUCUAGACGAGCCUACGAUCAAACCAACGCAAGGCCGUUACCCGACACCAGUAUCGCCUGUGAGACACGAUAUAGGCGCCUCUUCUACGUCUGGAGUAUGCGCUGUGUUUGCCACUGCCUCCUCAUCUAAUAAGACUCUCCUGGGCGAGAUGACUUUCUGGGUGGUUGGAUCUCAUGCCGCUCGGGAACGGCUCUAUUCUAGCAUCCAGACACUUGGCGGUCAACGAGCCAAGCAGCUUGAAGAAGCCUCGCGAGUGAUGUUUUGUCACCCAGUUUUCAGUGAGAACUGGAAUGAACGAAUGAGGGGAUUGAGGCGGGCAAGCGAGCAACAUCGUUUACAGGAGUGUCUGGCUUUGAAUGAGGCGUGGAUACAUGAUAUAAGUCAUUCCCAAGAGAUCGUCGACUGGAAGCAAUACAUUGUCACUGAGCAGAUAUUGCUGGACUCAGCUCACCGGAACAUCGCUUUCUCCAAGCAUCAUAUAAAGCCAACGCUCUCGAAAUCAUUCAGCUUUCCUGCAUCCCAAGAACCUAGUCGUAGUGAAAUAGGCGGAUAUCUGAUGGACCCCGAAUUCUGUACCGAGAGGAAAAUUGGAUCCCCAUCGGUUAAAGUAGAACUUCUACCAGAUGCUACGAAUGAUGAUAGUAUGGAUUUACCGGUGAUCAAACAACGAUCAACCUUACCCCCUUUCGGUCAUUCUUUUGGAGAUACAAUUGCUGCCAGAUGCUCAAGCGAGGAGGGUGAUUGGGAGAAGGCCCUACCAUCAACGCAGAUGAGUAGCAGGGUCGAAGCAGACGACAAUCUGGAGCAUCAAUUGAAAGAUCAUGGUAUGAGUGACGAUUAUGCGGACCUUGCUGGUAUCUUCUCAUCUGAGGAUGAUAAUGAAGAUUCAGAGAGUUCUCUGACUUCUCUGACUGGUGAUGAAGUACAAGCUGACCAGGACGAAGCGACCAUACGGUCCCGACAACCAGGAACAACAAGUACCUCGCGUGAUCCUCUACCUGUUCGUACGACGUCAAUGUCAACAGGCAACAAAUCACAAGUUCGCAUGUCCGGAAGAAAACGAUUAAUUAGUCCAGCAAUUUCUGACUCGGAAUCAGAGGAUGAUAUACCUCUAAGUAAGGUACCUAGAUCCGGCAAUUCCACCAUAAAGAGCGGUGGACGUAUAAUGCGGAAAAAUCCAAAGUUUCUCAAGGUCUUACCCAGAGAUCAGGCUCGAUUCGAUACACUGUUGGCUGAUUUGAGUGUAAGAGUACUUUCGAGAGGAUUUCCAGGUGGUUUGAAGAGAUACCUUCGAGCUUCAAAGCAAUCUGGUGUUUAUGACAAGUACGUGUCUAUAUUCAGAAAAGAAUUGCCCAAUUUGCCGAGGCGCAAAGGAGCACCCAAAACAUCAUAA